AAAUGAUGUGAAAGGAGGAAGUAAAGAAGGAAGUAACUGACCUACGUGAAAAAGAGGAACAAGUUCUAAACAAAAGCAGGUUUAACACAUAACCAAAAGAAGAAAAGAAAGCUCGGCAUACCAAUCUCAAGGUGUUGUGCUUUUCUUUAGGAGUAUUCAGAGGAAAAGACCUGAUCCCUGCCCACCAUUUAACCAGCAGGCACGUGGAUGGCAGAUCGUUCAACCUUCCCUUCCUUGAGUUUUCUACUCUGCUAUUAUUUUCCACUCAUUUGUGCUUCAUUUUGUGAUUCACUGAUAAAAAAGGAAGUGGAGUUGAAUGAAAUCCCCCUGACACAGUGCAAUUAUACAACAACAAUUGUAUAAUCAUCAGCUACAACAAGAGCCAGCUUCCAAAAUCAAGUUUACUCAUCUCUCCUCUACGUACACCAGGACUUUGCCAUGAUGUUCUUUCAUAUCUGAAACAGAAAUGCCUAAAAGAGCUUCCGAAAUUACUUUCAAACCAUAUCCUACAAAGAAUUACAGUGGACUGUACCUGUGAAUUCAUUAAGCGCUACACCAUACUACAAAACAGUACUGUGCAGAAAUGCUGAAAAGCUGUGGAAAUACUUCAGUGGCCGUUUCCUUAGGAAUUUCCCUUCUUUUACUGUUGGUGAUCUGUGGAAUUGGGUGUGUUUGGCACUGGAAACAGCAUAAUACAGUGCAAUUUACCUUACCAAAGUUUUUGCAAAGGAGAAAAAGGAGAAAAGACUAUACUAAAAGAGUCUCCUUGAGCCCCCAGGUUAUCGGCCCAAGACAUAAAAUCUCAGUUCAAACCCAAGACCACAGCUCUGCUGGGAAGGACACUAACAUACAUGACAACUAUGAAAAUGUGGAAGCGUGUCCUCCCCAAGCUAAAGAAGAAACAGACAACGGAAUAUAUGAAAACACUUGGCAGACCAAUUUCGAGGAACAUAUCUAUGGAAAUGAGACACUAUGUGACCAUUAUAAGUUGAAGAAGCCUAGUGCUUCUGAAGAAGCUCAAGGCGAAGACAUAUAUAUUCUUCCGGAUUCAUAUUAACUUUUCAAAAUGUGGGUUUAGUUAUUGGAGGAUAAAUAUUUGCUGGAACUUUUAUUGUACUGAUAACAUUAUUAAUCAAGUUCUUCUGUUGAAACUUAAUGAUGUCUGUUUUAUCUCCACCCUUCUGAAUCCUCUCUGCGUGUAUCACUGUGGAUUAAUUCUAGAUAUCCUCUCCACCCUCCUUGCCCUGGAUUAAUUCUGCAUUAUGUUUUAUUGAUUCUUCCUUCUGAACAUUACUUGUUAUAUUUUUCUUCUUUUUCUAUCUCCACCAUCUUUUCUGGCUCAGGAUUGUUGUCACAGUCUGCUAACUAGUCUUUCUGGCUCUAGUUUCUACAUAAUCAGUGAUGCUGCAUCAAUCCCCGUGAUGUUGCCAGAUUCAUCUGCAGAAGAUAUUCCCAACAGCCACCUCACUCCUUUGCAUAUAACCUCUUAAUGUCGCCUCUUUGUAAAAGACAUACUACUCAUAAUUCUAACUCCAGAAUUCAUGAUUUUACACAGUUGGUUCAAAUUCACUUUUCCAGUGACUUCUACUAAUCUCUCACUUCUUUGUUUUCAUCAGAAUCAUCUGAAAACCUGCCAAACCCAUCCCUCCUCCACAGCUUUGCUUGUCCACCCCCUCUUAAGCCUGCCUCAGAUCAUAACUUCUUCCACAAGUUUCUUGAAUCAUUCCAAACCUACAUUUGCCUUUUUUCUUUUCCUGAUCUCUUAUAGAUCUUGCUGCCUGUUCAAUUCUUUGGGCGUUUAAACAUAUGAAUGAUUGCAAUGGCAUUUUAUUAUCUAGUGUCAUAUGAGAAUGUCUUAAAUUCCCUACUAAAUAGUAAGGAACUGUCUCAUAUUCAUAUUUUAGCUCCAAUACCUAGACCACCAUAUGAGGCACUCAA